AUGAAUGAUAAGUUUCCUAUCGGAAUGCGUGUUCUUGCUGUUGAUGAUGAUAGAACUUGUCUGAAGGUUUUGGAGAGACUUCUCCAAAGGUGUCAAUACCAUGUAACCACUGCUCAAAGUGCACGAACGGCAUUGAACUUGUUGUUGAGAGAAAACAAAAACAAUUUUGACCUAGUAAUCAGUAAUGUUCAUAUGCCAGACAUGGAUGGAUUUAAGCUUCUUGAGCUUGUUGGACUUGAGAUGGACCUACCUGUCAUAGUGUUUUCUGCAAAUGAUGAUCCAAGGAUGGUGAUGAAAGGAAUUGAUCAUGGUGCUUGUGAUUAUCUUCUGAAACCUGUUACAUUGAAAGAGGUACAGAUGAUUUGGCAACAUGUAAUUAGGAAGAAGAAAACUAGCAAAAGAAGCAAUCAUGAUGUGCCUAAUUUUGAUAGUGGAAAUGUAAUAGAUUCAGCUGUGACAAGAAAUUCUGAUCAAAAUGAAAAGCCAACUAGAAAAAGGAAGGAUAUGAAUGAUGAUAUUGAGGAGGAGAAUGAAGAUGAUCAUGACAAUGAUGAUCCAACAGCACAGAAGAAGCCUCGAGUUGUUUGGUCCAAUGACUUACACCGCAAGUUUCUUGCUGUUGUUAAUGAAUUAGGCAUUGAAAAUGCUAUACCAAAAAAGAUUCUUGAAUUGAUGAAUGUUGAAAAUCUUACAAGGGAUAAUGUGGCCAGCCAUCUCCAGAAAUAUAGACUCUAUCUGAAAGGAAUUAGUUCUGGGGAAAACCAACAAGCAAAUACAUCCCAUUCAAGAUUCAGUUCUCUCACUAGAGUUGGAGGACAUUUUCAUACAUUGAAUAACCCUAGACAGUUUCAUAAUCAUAACAGUGCUUUCAGACCCUUUCCCGCUAGUGUCAAUAUGCAUGGAUUUCCUACUCAUAAUUUAAACCACUCCGCAAAGAUCACCUUAAGUUUCAACCGGCCAAAGCUCAUGCCAAUCCGAACCAUGUUCAAAGAAUGCCAAUUUCUUCUGUAG